AUGGCUGAGGCGUUUGCAGUUCUCGGCAUCGCUGCCAACAUUGGCCAAUUCGUGGAGUUUGCCUUGCAGCUCAUUAAUGAAGGGAAAGAGGUAUACAACUCGGUCCACGGGGUACGAGCAGAACACCGCGAGAUCGAAAUCAUCACAGAAGACGUGGCGAUUUUAUGUGAUGAGGCCAAAAAAACUGUGGCACAAUGCCAACAGCAACUAUCAUCAAGCAACGCGACAGCAAUACAGCGUUUGGCCACGGAGUGCGAAGCUUUGGCGAAGAGGCUAUUGCGCAUGUUGGAGGAGCUGAAAGUCCCGGCUAAUGCUCGUCGCCGCGGUCUGAGGACGCUCAAGAACACGCUGAAGGGCGCCGGGCAGAGGAAAGAGAUUGCGGACCUGCAGCGAAGAAUGCUCGAGAUUGACCGACGAUUGAGGCAUAGGAUAUCGGCUAUGCUUCAACAAACAAGUCAAUCGGAACUUUUGUCCGCAAUUCAGGCACUGGAUAGAAAGACGGAGGCUCUGAAAAUCAAUACCGGCGCUACACUCAAUGACCUCAGGGGAGAACUUAUUGACCUCCUAGGAGAUACCUCAAGCUCAGCAACCACAAAUGGCCCCAGCGUGGACAAAAUUACCCCUAAGCUCGUCGCAUUCGCAGAGAAGGCUGAGAAUUUAGUGAGGCAGCAGAACUUUCUUGAGGGUCUGAUGUUUGAUUCUAUGAAGCGGCGACACGACAUGAUCAAAGAAGCCCACAAGAAGACACUCAAUUGGAUAUUUCAGCGGCCGGAGACAAGAUUCAUGGAAUGGCUGGAAUCUGAUAGCAAUAUGUACUGGGUCAAGGGCAAGGCUGGGAGCGGAAAAUCAACGCUUAUGAAAUAUGUUUGCGACCACUAUAGGACCAGGGAUGCAUUACAGACCUGGGCCGGACCUCAAAUGUUGGUGACAGCAUCAUACUUCUUCUGGGCUGCAGGCUUGCGUAUGCAAAAAUCGCAGGUCGGGUUGCUCCAGAGUCUGUUAUACCAAGUAUUGGUCGCAUCUCCAAAGCUCAUCCUGGAGUACUUCCCUGAUCGAUUAGCAAAGGAACCGUGGACACGCAAGGAGCUCUUUGAAGCACUGGGGAAGGCGUCACGUGGAACCGGCUGUCCGCUCUCCGCAAAGUAUUGUUUCUUCAUCGACGGUCUCGACGAGUACGGGGGUGUGGAUGACGACCAUGAUGUCAAUCCUGAAGAGCUUAUCGAUCUACUCCGACGCCUUUCGACAUCUCCUAACAUCAAGAUUUGCGUAUCUAGUCGGCCUUGGAAUGUCUUCCUACUAGCUUUCGAGGGACUCCGCCAUCAAGUGGCGAUGGAAAAGCUUACAAUCACCGACAUGAAGAUAUACGUGGAUGAUCUGCUUGCACAGAGCGAAGGCUUCAAGGAAAUAAGUGCACGAGAGCCUCAAUGCGCCGAGCUUGUCCCGAAAAUUGUAGACAGAGCACAGGGCGUAUGGCUCUGGGUUUUCCUCGUGGUCCGAGAUCUGUUGAACGACAUCAAGGGCAGGGAAGACUACUCCUCUCUACUACGCAGGCUGAAUGAAUUCCCCCGGGAGUUGGAGAAGUACUUCGAAGAUAUCCUGGACAGAAUUGAAAAAUUCCAUGUGGAGGAGGCCGCAAAGAUAUUCCUUGUUGCAGUCGAAGCUCCGCGUCCACUGCCGGUGCUUGCCUUCAAGUUUCUCCUCGAAGAGGCACGAGAUCCGCACUUUGCCAUCGUUGGCAGUAUUUCGCCUCUGGGUUUCGACGAAGCACGGCAAUAUUACGAGAAGUGGAGGAUACUGCUCAACAGCCGCUGUCGCGAUCUACUUCAAGUCACCGACAUUGGCGAGCAACGUACUGCAAUUCAGGACGCUUUCACCAACACUUACCGAUACGUACCGUUCAUGUAUUAUCAAGUGGAUUUCCUCCAUAGGACGGUAAGGGAUUUCCUUCGAAACAACAACUACGAAUACCUACGCCGAAAGGCCGGCUCUGAAUUCGAUGCUACUGCCUCCUUGUGCGACAUCACUCUCGCUCUCGCAAAGUCCAUCCCAGCCUCGCCUCACCAGGAAUCUCUACAGAACCCCCUGUUCUGUACGGUUGAUGAGAUCAUGUACUACUCGCACGAAUUAGAUAUACGAGGUCAAUAUCGCGGCUCUGCGAUCCUGGAUGAGCUCGACACGGUCAUGAUCACACAUGCAAGGGCUUGGGGCUUCGGAAAGCACUGGACUAACGUGAGAGAAGUCCCUAGCAACUCCAAGUUCCUCGAGGAAUACGGUCAGAACACGUUUCUGGGCCUAGCAAUCCAAUCCAACCUAGUUCAUUACGUGACGGAAAAGCUCGGCGCCAAUCCCGCACUUUUAGCAUCUAAACGUGGUCGGCCGUUGCUUGACUACGCUCUGCGACCUAGGAGAAGGACUCCCGCGGAACUGCCAUACCGCGUCCAAUACGAGGCAUCCAAUGUCGAUAAGGGAAUGGUGAAGGCGCUUCUCGAACACGGAGCGAAUCCAAACCAACAGAUGCACAUCUACGAGGGACAAACCGUCUGGAGUCUCUUCUUGAGGUCUUGCUGCGCGAACCUAGGGGUCCCAUCACACAUCAAGUCUGCUUGGGGCGACGUGAUAGAGACCCUCCUUGAGGCUGGUGCUGAUCCGAAUAUAGAGGUCCUUAAUCUCGACGACACAAGGAUCCUCACUGUCGAUGAAGCAAUCCAGACGAUAUUCUGGACGGAACCGGACAAGAAAGUGCAUCUGCAAAAUCGGUUGCGCGAAAUAGCGGAGAGGCGGAAAUUUCAGACCUCCCUCUUUUGGAGAAUGUUGGGCUGGUCCUGA